AUGAUGAACAGAUUUUCGUUCGAGGAAGCGCAGAUGGCGCGCGUGCUGCUGCUCGUGUCGCGGGAGCAGCCGAUGGCGAUGGCGAUGCCGGUGUCUGGGCGCGGUGACCGUGCACCGGAGCGGGCGUUCACGUGCAAGACGUGCGGCCGCGUAUUCCCGUCGUUCCAGGCGCUGGGAGGGCACCGGGCCAGCCACAAGAAGCCGCGGCUGGACGGAGAUCUCAAACCCAAGCUGCACGCAUGUUCUAUCUGCGGCCUCGAAUUCGCCAUUGGCCAGGCGCUCGGCGGCCACAUGCGGCGCCACCGCGCCGUGGCUUCUGGAGGCGGUGUGAUGCCGCCGGUGGCAGCGAUCAAGAAGCAAGGUGCAGAAAGCGACGAUGUCGCUGUUGGCGGUGGCAUGAACCGCCGUCUGUUGCUCGACCUCAACCAGCCGCCAUGCGGUGACGACGGCUGCAUGGACGUCGACACCGAUGCCAGCCGAGAGUGCGGCCACGACGACCCCGCUGCCGGGUAUACGUUCCACCAGUUCCUGGAUACGGGCACCAUGGCGGUGGACUGCGUCGGCUACUAG